AUGAAGAAAAUUUCAAUUUUUCUCAUUUUUUGCUUGAUUCAAUUUUCUGAAGGGUUGACCUGUAUUGAAGGAUUCACUUUGGUGAAUAACAAAUGUUUGAAGGUGAGUUAGGGCCUAAGAUUGGGCCUGGGCCUGGGGACUCUAACUUAAGCGUUACCUAAGUUAAGCUAACCUCAUCAAAUCUAGCUUGAGUCUUAACUAACUCGAUUAGGCCGUCUUUAAAUUUAACGAAGGUCUACCUUAACCUAACCUAAGUCCACAUUACGCCUUAGCUAAACUAAGGUAAUCUAACCCAACUAUCUUCUAGCUAAUCAUCACUGACCAAACACACAGUGCCGCACGUCGUGAAUGUAACCUCAAUGGCGGAAACCUUGUCUCAGUCUACAACGCGAUCGAUAACACAGCAAUUGCUCAAUUCGCUACAGUGGGCUCUGAUCCAGUCUGGAUUGGUUUAAAUUGCCCGAAUGAUCAUGAUGCGAGCUCUUGUGUAUGGGAUAAUCAAGCUGGAAAUGCGUCAGGUGAGCUUUAAUUACAAAAAACAAUUUAAAGGAACAUCCCGUAAAAGAUCUUAUGGGUCUUGUAGCGAAGAAACAAAUACCGUAUAGAUGUUUCCUGAUUUUUAGGCUACAACAACUUUAUCGCUGCAAAUCCCUCAAACGAUGUAGGAACUUGUGUCUAUAUGCUAACCUUCGGAAGUCUCCGAGGUCGCUGGUUCAGUGCAAGUUGUGAUGGAAUGGAAAUCAGUGCUGUCUGUGAAACAAGCCCAGUUGAACAGUGUUUGUACAAUUUGAAUGGUUAUUGCUAUUAUCCACUUGGGGAGUUGAGCGAAGUUGAUGCGCAAAACGCAUGUUCACAGAACUGUGAAGGAAGUUUGGUAUCGAUUCACUCAGCUGCAGAAAAUACUUUUGUUUCAAAGAUCUUCAAAGACUCUUCAAAAGGUUAUAUUCGAAUUGGAGCGCAGCUUUCAAGUGGAAAUGUCAAUUCUUGGAUUGAUGGAUCUGUCUGGGAUUACACAAACAUCGGAUAUCAAAACAAAGGCCUCGGAUCGUGUUAUAGUAUGUCAUUGAUCAAUGAACUUGUUGUGCCUGGAAAAUGGAUUAGUUCAAAUUGCUCUGCGCUUCUUCCAUCAGUUUGCAAGCGUCCGCAACAUGCGCAAUGCGGAAGUACACCUGCCCCAACGCUUGCCCCACCGCAAUGCAGUGGAAUUUCGUAUUCAACGGAUACCGGGGCGGUAAGUAAAAAAACAUUUUUUUUGCAGAAACAACUUUAUCCUCUCAAAAAAUUAGCCUAACUUUAAGAAAAACUUGAAAAAAGUGUAUCCCCCUUUAAUAUUCGCAUUUGGUUUCGCAGUCAAUAUCAAAGUUUGAUUGUGUCCAGUUCUGUCCAAAACCAAGAAUCCCUUUGCGUCGAACUUUGCAUCGUAAUCGAGUUCACUUGGAAGUGUAGCUGUGCUCGGUAUCGUCUGAUUGAAAAUGAGUUUGAUGUAGGCAUCGCGUGAAAUUGUUUCACCGUUGAAAACGGCGAUGAAUUCCGCGUCGAAGAUGGCUGGGUUUUUGGCGGCGAAAUGUUCGGCCAAACUUUGAAUGAAGCUUCGGGCUGCAGUUUUUGGGUCUGCAGCUAGAACGAAAAAGACUGUUGAGAGAAUUGCGAGAAGAAAUCGCAUUUUUUGUGAAUAUAAUUUUAGAGGGUGUUGAUGUGGCUUUUAAGGGGAGCACAUACAUAAUUCGAUAAACGAAAUUUGAUCAUUGAAAACUUCCUCCUGCAGGAAGAGAAAGUUUUUUUGCGAAAUGCCACGUCAUAAAUCAAAUUCUUUCAGAUCUACUCUCCAAAUUACCCCUACUCAUACCUCUCAACCGACACCGCACCAUGCUACUAUAUCCUAACUGUCACCACCGACACCGCAAUGAUCUGGUUCACCGAAGUGAAUUUAGACGCGAACGCCCGAAUCGAACUAUACUCUAGUCUCGACACCCAAACACCAUUCGCAAUUAUCGAUCGAAAUUCGCAGGGAAAUAUUACAUUUUCAACUUUCGAAUCAUCGACUAGUUUGAUUAAAAUGGUUUUCAAACCGUGUACGACUUGUGGAAGUUCUAGUUCUGGAACGAUUUUCAGAUGGAAAGCGAUUCUUGGAAAACAAUAUCCAACUUUAUGCGCAAGUGAUCAAACGAUUAGUACAAAUGGGAUUAUUACAUCUACAAAUUAUCCUAACGUGUAUAACAAUUAUUUGAGUUGCCCGUAUAAUUUGCAAAAUCCGAAUAAGGGAGGAAGGUAACUUUAACAAUAGUUUUAACACCUAAUUUUCCAUCUACAGAAUCCAACUUCAUUUCACCGAUUUCUGGACUGAAUCCGGUUACGAUUACGUAAAGAUCUAUGAUGGCAGAAAUUCCACACAACCCCUUCUCGCCUCAAUCAGCGGAAAUCUUGUGGGAAACUCGAAUUUGACUUACACCUCAACUGGACAAAAUUUAUACGUGCUUUUCACCAGCGAUCGCUCGAAUGUCUUUAAAGGAUUUAGCGCUGUUUUCUACGAAUAUCCGUAA